AUGGGGUGCUGGAUUUUGAAUGAGAGUCUCUCCAUCAUAUUAGUACUCUCGUGGCUGGGAGUGAAUUUCUAUCUGUUUAUUGACACAUUCUAUUGGUAUGAAGAGGAAGAAUCUUUCCUUUACACGCGUGUUAUUCUGGGUUCAGCGUUGGCUUGGGCACGAGCAUCUGCAGUGUGUCUGAAUUUUAACUGCAUGCUGAUUCUGUUACCAAUCAGUCGAAACCUCAUCUCAUUCAUGAGAGGGACAAGUACUUGCUGCAGAGGCCCAUGGAGGAGGCAAUUAGAUAAAAAUCUCAAAUUCCACAAACUGGUCGCCUAUGGGAUAGCUGUUAAUGGAGCCAUCCACAUGGUCGCCCAUUUGUGCAACCUACAGCGUUACCACUGGAGCCGGUCAGCUCAAGCAGAGGGACUUCCGGCCGCUCUUUCCAAACUUGGCGACGCCCCAAAUGAGAGCUACCUGAACCCCAUCCGAACCUUCCACACAAACACCAUCACCGAAUCGCUAACAACCAUCGCGGGUGUUACUGGCCUCGUCCUCUCUCUGGCUUUGAUCUUGAUCAUGACCUCUUCCACCGAGUUCAUCCGACAGGUCUCCUACGAGUUGUUCUGGUACACACACCAUGUGUUCAUCAUCUUCUUUAUCAGUCUGGCAUUCCAUGGGGCCGGUCGGAUUGUUCGAGGCCAGACUCCCGAGAGUCAACUGCAACACAACGUCACCUUCUGCAGAGAUCACUAUGCUCAGUGGCAGAAGGUGGCCCCAUGCCCCGUGCCUCAAUUUUCUGGCAAGGAGCCUUCGGCUUGGAAAUGGGUUUUAGGCCCUGUGGUCCUAUAUGCGUGUGAAAGGAUGAUGAGAUUGUGGCGGUUUCAACAAGAAGUUGUCAUUACCAAGGUGGUGAAACACCCGUCUGGAGUUCUGGAACUUCACAUGAAAAAGCGUAACUUUCAAAUGGCGCCAGGACAGUACAUCCUGAUCCAGUGCCCAUCCAUAUCCCGGCUGGAAUGGCACCCCUUCACCCUCACCUCCGCUCCUCAGGAGAACUUCUUCAGUGUCCACAUCCGGGUAGCGGGAGACUGGACGGAAGCUUUAUGUCAGGCCUUCGGGGCAGAGGGACAGGCCUCGAAGGAGCUCUGGAGCCUGCCACGGCUGGCGGUGGACGGGCCCUUCGGAACCCCACUGACGGAUGUAUUCCACUACCCAGUGAGCGUGUGCAUCGCCGCGGGAAUAGGGGUCACUCCCUUCGCCUCUCUUCUGAAAUCUAUAUGGUACAAAUGUGAGUCACAAACCCAGAUGAAGCUGAGCAAGGUGUAUUUCUACUGGAUUUGCCGGGAUCCAAAGGCUUUUGAGUGGUUUGCUGAUCUCUUACUCUCGCUGGAAACAUUUAUGAGUGAGCAGGGGAAAGCUCAUUUUCUGAGUUAUCAUAUAUUUCUUACUGGCUGGGAUGAAAAUCAGGCUGUUCACAUUGCUUUACACUGGGAUGAAAGUACCGAUGUGGUCACAGGAUUAAAGCAGAAAACGUUCUACGGAAGACCUAACUGGAACAACGAGUUCCGACAGAUGGCCUAUGCUCACCCCGGCAGCAGUAUUGGUGUGUUCUUCUGUGGACCCAAAGCUCUCUCAAAGAUGCUUCAAAGGAUGUGCCGCUUAUAUUCCUCAGCUGACCCCAAGGGGGUCCAUUUUUACUACAACAAAGAAAGCUUCUAA